CUCCCUCUCUCUCUAUCUAUCACUUCACGCCCUUCCUCCACCGAGCCUCCUUUCCACUUUUCCUCUGGCCCUUGCAUACCUUUGCAUUGGUCGCUCGCUACAUAUAUUGUGCGGGUCAUCCCCCCCAGUUUUCCUCGCAGAUGACAUUUUCGCUCGGGUCGGUUGUUUGCUGUUGAUUGCAGAUUCGCCUUGCAAUCAUCUGCCUGUUUUGGUUUCUCGCAGCUGCCACUUUCGAGGCGCAUUGUCGCCAAUCAUUGCAUCGCGGCAAAUUGUUUGAGAACUUUUUUUUCUUCCGUUGAAUACAUAUUAAAGCGGGAUUCGCCUUCCUGUCGUGGGAGAUUGGGUGCGCAAUGGCGGUCGACACGAGCUAUUUGACCACGCAGGUCAACAAUAUUGUGGCUCAGCUUCAUGGCAUAUUCGAUGAGAUUGGUGUUCCGCAUCACGAGCGCGACACUCGAGAGGCAGAGCUCUUCAGUGCUUUGUCGGAAACGUUGAAUGGUCACCUUAAGAUGGUUGAUGACGAAAAAAAUGAAAUGACCGGAGAAGCGCAGCGACUCAUCACUGCGAUCCGGCAGAUGGAGGAGUCCUUGGUGGAUGAAAAAGCCAAUGGUCAAUAUAAUCUAGACGGCAACGAUCUAAAAAUCAGCUAUCCCCUGAAUCGCUGUCUUAAUUUCCUCCGUGAGAAGCACAGCGCACUAAAGAAGCUCCACCAGGAGCGUUUUAAACAGGUUAAGAAGCUUGUCGAGGCUCUCGAGUCAUACUCUUCUCAUCUUGAACCCUCCUUUGUCGCCAUCGAACUUCCCCCUACAGCACCAGGUUCAUCGAUCGCCCCUAGCUUUGAUCUCUCCCCAACUUUUGUUACGGCCUUGGAUAAUGAAUUUUCGCGAGUCUACGAAGAAUACCACCGACGUCUUGAAUUCGUUCAGGUGACGUGCGAAGAGAUAAUUAAGCUGUGGGCCGAACUCGGCACCCCGCAGGUGCAAACCGAUUCUAAUAUUGUGAAAUUCUAUCGCGAGUCGCCUGAGCAGCUGGGGCUCCAUGAAUCCGACCUGGCUGGUAUGAGAGCGAAGCGCGAGAAGCUUCUCGAAGAAAAGCGAGGCCGUGAGCGCAGGCUGAAGGAGCUCCGGAACGCAGUUGAAGGUCUGUGGGAGCGAUUUGGAGUGGAAGAGGGUGACAGAAAAGCCUUCCUAUCCGCCAACCGCGGCUGCGGACUACGCACAAUUAAUGAAUUUGAAGAAGAGCUGGGGCGCCUGAACGAGCUCAAGCGUCAGAACCUCCAUCUCUUCGUCGAGGAUGCGAGGUGCCGGCUCCAGGAGCUCUGGGACAGCCUCUACUACUCGGAAGAAGAAAUGCUCGACUUCACCCCUGCGUUCUCCGAUGUCUACAGCGACGCGCUGCUCGAGGCGCAUGAAGCAGAGAUCUCAAGACUGGAGGCACUCAAGGAACAGCGUGCCCCCACAUUACAACUCAUUGACAGGCACCGCAGUCUUCUGUCGGAGCGUGAGGCUUUGGCCGCGUCAAGUCAAGACGCUUCCCGUUUGAUGGGACGUGGCGUCAAGGGAGAGCGUCGUGACCCUGGAAAGCUUCUGAGGGAGGAGAAGAUGCGAAAGAGGAUCGCCAAAGAGUUGCCCAAGGUGGAGGCGGAUCUCAGGAAAGAGCUGGAGUUGUGGGAGGACGAGUUUGGCCGUCCCUUCCUCGUUCACGGCGAGCGAUAUCUUGACGAGCUGACUCCGGUGAUGAAACCGCCGCCACGUUCGAAGACGCCUUCUGCACCACCGGCACGCUCAAAGACUCCCUCUGCACCACCAAGCAGCGUGAGAGGAGGAGGGGGUAGCGUGAGGGCGCAGCCGCCAUCGCGCCCUGGCAGCGUGAUGAGAGGCCCACCGCCCCCUCGCUCCGCAACCAAAACGCCCACUGGGGCCAGCUCAACGAAGUAUAACACCGUCGGUCCCUCUCGAGCAGGAGCCAAGUCACCAUCGAAGAUUCCCGCGCGCGUGCCGUUGGGGAACAUGCCCCAUGGGAGCAAUUCGCCUGAUCGUCGUGCGGGAACUCCCGGUCCCUACAUGACUAGCACGAUACAUGGAAAGAUGGCGACGUCUCGCGCUCCGCCCCCAAGAAUGCGCGCAUUGACGGGAGGUGAAGGCCGAGAGGAGAGAGCGAGCUAUCUCUUUGAACCCCCCCGAUGCGCCAGCGCUCUCUCAAACUCGUUUGUUCGACCUGUCAGCCCGGAGGAUGUGUACGAUGAUCGCAACCAACCCUCCUUUAUGAGUUCGUCGAUCUUCUCCCAGCGAUCUGCAGGAUUCUCCCAUUCCUCUCACUCAUCGGCAUCGUCGGUGUCCCUCAACUCGUCCACUCAGAACUUCCCACGCCCGAAUCCCUACCUGCAGCACGCACCGCCUCCUCCAGCACCCCGGCAGGUGUCGGACGCCUCAACCAUCAACACCGCCCACUCCGGGUCGGAGAACUGGGAGACUUUUGAUGACGGGUCCGGUUCCGAAGCAGACGCCAGCGACAUCUACUAUGCGAAGCUUCGUGCCGCCCAAGGAAAGCGAGUUGCGCCGGAUGAACAGUCCACUAUCUCCCUGGCGGGGAAGAAGACUAAAGGCAUCCGAAGCGUGAGUCCCGACGUCGCGCCCGCCAACAUGAACCCUCGUUUCGUGCGAGGCAGCGAUGCCGAAUGGACGGACGACAUGGAGGCCUAUUGACCUCGCACUCUCCUGUGAAAAUCCCUCUCGUUUGUUGAUUCCCCCUCCUUUUUCUUAAUUCCCCUUUCUGUCUGCUUGGUAUCUCAGGCGCUUCUGGGAGGACGUGAUUACGAGACCACUCGAUACGAGCGAAAAUGCCUUGAACGAGGCGGUUGACUUCUUUGUAUUAUGCUUUCUUUUGCCUUUUUCUGUUCAUACGGUUUAAUAAUUGUUCGUGGCUUUCUUUGCGACGACGUGGAUAUUGGAUUCGUUCUUCCUCUUCUCUUUUGUGACGGACUGGCCGGGCUGGCUUCAAUGGUUUGUUUCUUUUUGUACAAGUCGCAUAGCAUGC